AUGAUCGAAUCUACUAGGAGCCAGGUAAAUUCAGACACUUGCAACCUACUAGCCGAUUGGCAGCAGCUUGAAGAAGAACUAAACAGAGAAAUAAGAGGGCCUCUUGAUCUUAACAGAUGCAAGGAGUCGAUUGUACUGCCGUCAAGAAGUGUGAGUGACCCAUUGGAGCAAGUGGAGAGACUUGCCUCAGAGAACGUGGUUGUGAUCUUCAGCAUCAGUAGUUGUUGUAUCUGUCAUGCCAUCAAGAGGCUCUUCUGUGGGAUGGGUGUGAACCCUGCUGUGCACGAGCUUGACGAGGACCCCAAAGGGAAGGAUAUGGAGAAAGCUCUCACGAGGCUGCUCGGUACUUCUUCUGCUGUACCCAUCGUCUUUAUCGGUGGGAAACUCGUUGGGUCCAUGGACAGAGUUAUGGCUUCUCACAUUAAUGGAACUUUGGUCCCGCUCCUCAAGGAGGCCAGAGCUCUCUGGCUCUGAAAUAGAAGAAGAUUUGAUGAUGAUAGGACCUGAAAAAAGGAGGGGAUCGAGUGGGUUUGUUUGGUUCUCCUCCAUUUUGGCAUUUGGAUAAAUUAGUGAUGAGUACUAAUGCUUUUCUCUUUUCUUUUCUUUUCUAUUCUUAGGCAUUUUUCCUAAUUCUCUUCCUAUGGGUAAUGGGAUCUUUUUUUCUUGAGUAUCUUCUUGUAAUGGAUGUUGCAGAUUGCAGAGAGAACUGUAAUUGAUCCCUCCUCUGUAUAGAAAGA